AUGACCAUCCGAAAUCCUCUUCCACUCUCCGAUGAGUGGAGGGAUCCAGACGAAUAUGUCCAGGCUCUCCUCUCCUUCGCAACUGAAUCGGUCAUCUUCAUGAACCUUUGCGGUGGCGUACAUAUCCUCGAUUUCUUGACGCGCGAUCCCGAUCUAUAUGAGUCACUACUCCCAGAAGACUGGCGAUCAUUCUUUGAACAUCACGACAUCCACAGCAUCUUGCAACUGCUACUACGAGAGGACAUUAGCCCGCUGUGCGAACCCUCCGAAACAGACACAGGCUCCGAGAAUGGCAGGACUUGGAACGGAGGCGCGUUCCCGCCUGCAAGCCUUCUAGAGUACAUCCGCGACAUUCGACGUUUUAGCUUCGACCGCGAGUUCACCACACCCGAGAACAGUCAACCUCUCCCAAGCCACAUUGCUAUGGGCAUGAACAAGAAGAAGAAACACGAGGUGGAGCAAUUCUCUCGCUAUGUCGCCUCUUUGUCGGACACGGUCAAUGAACGUCGCGGGGAACCAUUGUCUCACAUUGUUGAUUUUGGUUCAGGACAAAACUACCUGGGGCGCAUGCUGGCAAGCUCGCCCUAUCAUAAACAUAUCAUUGCCAUUGAGCGAAAGCAUCAAUACAUCAGCGGUGCUGGUCGCAUGGAUGUUCAUGCUCGACUGGCUAAGGAGGAAAAGAAAAAGACAAUGCAUAACGCAAAGCUGAAUAAGUUGAAGAAGCAAUGCAUGGACUGUACCGACACCCCAGAACUAGCCCCGAACUCAACCACUUCAGAGAAGCCUGAAGUUCCUGGAUUGGACGUGGAAGCACAACCGGAACCGAGUAAAACGGUGCCAGAAGAACCUGCUGGGCAGGAUGAAGACAUCGAGGUCUUUAACAUGCUAGGCGAUAUGACCCUAGAAGCUGAUGAUGUGCUCAGCUCGAAGGACAAGCCACACGUACUGCAUGUACCAAAGGCACGACCGGAGGUCGAUACGAGAGGCACUGUCAGCUACAUUGAACAUAAUAUCCAAGAUGGCUACCUAGAACCGAUCAUCGAGCAUGUCGUGGACCCAAAGACAUCAGUUGAGACCCGGACCAGCACCGAAGAAGUCAUCAUUCAACCAGCAGAAAAGAAACAGAGUGACGCCCGGGUGAUGGUCGUCUCUCUACAUUCAUGCGGAAACCUUGUCCACCACGGACUCCGCUCACUAGUUCUCAACCCUUCUGUUGUAGCAAUCGCCAUGAUCGGCUGCUGCUACAAUAUGGUGACAGAACGAUUGGGACCAGCAACAUACAAAAUCCCCAUCCUUCGAUCCGCCCACCCCCGCCUGAAAAAAACCGGAUCUACAUGGGAUCCCCACGGAUUCCCAAUGUCCAAGCUCUACGAGAACUACCAAGCAAAGACCACAACAGGCUUCAAGCUCAACAUCACAGCCCGUUCAAUGGCCCUACAGGCACCCCACAACUGGGGUCGCGCCGACAGCGAAGACUUCUUCACGCGCCAUUUCUACCGCGCUUUGCUGCAGCGCGUUCUGCUGGAUCGUGACAUCAUCCCUAAACCCGACGUUCCCGAUGACCUCUACAAAGACCACACAGAAAACCCCAAUGCCGAGGGUAUAGCACUAAUCGUGGGAUCCUUACGGAAGUCCGCGUUCGAGUCUUUCCCCGCAUACGUGCGUGCUGCAACGGUCAAAUUGAGCCAGGAUCCGAUCCGUGGCGAGCUGGUUAAGGAGCGCGUCUGUACCAUGUCCGAAGAAGAGUUCCAGCGCUAUGAGGCUGAUUACCUACACACGCGCAAGAAUCUCAGUAUUGUGUGGAGCUUGAUGGCGUUCAGUUCUCAGGUUGUUGAGGCUGCUAUUGUGGUUGAUCGCUGGCAGUUCUUGCGCGAGCAUGACUCUGUCAAGGAGUGUUGGGUUGAACCGGUAUUUGAGUAUGGUCAAAGUCCGCGUAAUUUGGCUAUUAUUGGGAUUAAGAAAUGA